UCUAGUUUUGUAGGUGUAGGGAAGUUUUGAAUAAUUUUAACUUGAUCAACUAACUUUUAUGGUCGAGUACGUCCAAUGAAAUUGUAUUCUUCCAUUUAAGAAAAGUAAAAGGAAUUAUAUUCUUCCAACCACCAGUUGCCUAGUCUGCUAUUGAUUGAUCAACACAAUUUUCACUAUUGAAACACUUCUCUUUGUGAGAGUAAGAAUCUCAAAUCACUAAUUAUGAACAUCCUGAUUAAGUUUCUUGCACUUUUGUUCUUCUUUCAUCCACCUUGUUUAGCUAAACAUACCAAGUUCAUCAGUGACUAUGCUGCUUUGCUGGCAUUUAAAUCGAGCCUUCGAUUGGAACCUCACAACAUUUUGUCCACAAAUUGGAGCUCAGAUACAGACUUCUGCAGCUGGUAUGGAGUUUCAUGCUUGCACCAGAGAGUUGUAGCUUUACAACUUCCCAAUUUGGCCAUUCAAGGCAGAGUUUCUUCAGAACUUGCCAAUUUGACUCAACUUGCUGUUCUUGACCUUAGUAGCAAUGACUUGAAUGGCAAUUUGCCUAGUGAAUUGGGCUUCUUGCAACAACUGAGGCUUCUUAAUGUGACUCGGAAUUCUCUUGAUGGAACCAUUCCUCCAAACAUAAGCCGUUGUCGUUUACUGCAACAACUUCAUUUAUCAGAUAACAUGAUCAAAGGAAGCAUACCUCAAGAACUUGGCCUUUUAAGCCAACUCAGAUUUUUGCGUAUCAACAACAAUAAUCUCACAGGAAAGAUUCCAUCUUUAUUAGGAAACUUAUCAAAGCUGGAAUAUUUUUAUCUGCAUGAAAAUGAUUUGGAAGGUGAAAUACCUGAUGAAAUUGGCGAUCUCUCAAAUUUGAGGCUCCUUUCCUUCCGUGGAAAUAACUUCACUGGAUCGAUACCUGCUUCGAUUUUCAAUAUUUCAAGAUUGCAAAUUGUAGAUCUUUCCAUAAAUGCCUUAUCAGGGGAACUUCCAAGUGAUUUGGGUAAUUAUCUUCCUAUGCUUGAACAUCUUUUUCUGGACAGCAACAGGAUUACGGGGAAAAUCCCGGUUUCUUUAUCUAAUGCAUCAAAGAUCACUCUUCUCUUCUUCACUGAAAAUGAUCUGCUAGGAAAUAUUCCAAGUGAGUUUGGUAAGUUGCAUGAACUAGUCUGGUUUGAGUUUGAAUAUAAUCGAAUUUCUGGUGCCUUUCCGUCCAGCUUAUUCAAUAUUUCGUCGCUUGAAAUCCUCAAAGCCAGGCAUAAUUACUUAUAUGGAUACCUUCCACAUGAUCUUGGUACUUGGCUACCUAACUUGCGGGAGAUUUUCCUUUCACACAACCAAUUCAGUGGAUAUCUACCCUCUACAAUAUGCAAUGCUUCAAAGCUUGAAAAUCUUGAAGUUGCAAACAAUAGUUUUACCGGACCGAUUCCCAUGAUGUUAGGUAACCUGGUGGACCUUAUAACUCUCAAUCUGCAACAUAAUCUAUUGGAAAACAAGCCUGGAGCCACAAAACUUGACUUCUUGAAUUCAUUGGUAACUAGCAGGAAUCUGGUGUACCUGAUUCUUGAAUCUAAUCCUUUGAAUGGAAUUUUUCCGGAAUCAAUAGGAAAUUUAUCAAGCAAUAUCAGGGUCCUUGAUGCAGCAGACUCUGGUAUCAGAGGCAAUAUGCCUACAAGCCUUGGAAACUUAAGUAGCUUGAUUUACCUGGGAUUAGCAAGUAAUAACCUUGUCGGCAAUGUGCCCCCCUCAUUUAUUGGCCUGCAAAACCUGGAAAGGCUGUAUCUUACUGGAAAUAAAUUAGAAGGGCCUUUUCCAGCUGAACUGUGCAGCAUAGGAAGAUUAGGCCUACUGCAUUUGGGAGAAAACAGACUGUCAGGAGCAGUACCCCCAUGUAUCGGAAAUCUGACUGAAUUAAGAGAAAUGUCAAUUGCUGCCAACAAGUUCAGCUCAAAGUUACCUUCAAGUUUCUGGAGAUUAGUAAAGCUUGAUCGUCUGAACUUAUCGAGAAACCUGCUGCAUGGUUUCUUCCCUUCUGAUGUGGGAACCCUGAAAGCGAUGAACAUCAUGGACCUCUCUUUCAAUAAGUUUUUUGGUGAAAUACCAAAUUCCACAGGGUCCCUUCAAUAUCUAGUCUCACUAGAUAUGUCAAGAAAUGCAUUCCAAGGUCCCAUACCGGACACAUUUAGCAAUCUACUAGUUCUUGAGUAUCUGGAUUUGUCUACUAAUGCUUUAUCAGGCGUGAUUCCCAAAUCUCUCGAGCUAUUGCGAGAUCUCAAAUAUCUCAAUGUUUCUUUCAACAACUUGCAAGGACAAGUUCCAAAGAAAGGGGUAUUUGCAAAUAUUAAUUAUCGGUUCUUGAUGGGAAAUCCAAGACUUUGUGGAGCACCUGACUUGUAUAUUCUUUUAUGUCCAGCUCAAGGCAGAAAGAAAACAAGGAAAAUGUCCCUUAUCCUUAGAACAACAGUACCUGUUGCUGCAACAUUUCUGAUAUUGGUCGCGUUGUUUUUCACAUGGAUGAUUUGGUCAAGAAGAAAACAUGUGGUCGGAAACAAUGAAUCGGAUUACCCCCCUAGAAUGGGACAUCAGAAAAUCACUUAUUAUGAGCUUCUCCAAGCUACAGAAAAUUUCAGUCAGUCCAACCUAGUAGGAAGUGGAAGUUCCGGUACAGUCUACAAAGGUACAUUUUCUGGCGGUACUGUCUUUGCAAUCAAAGUUUUCGAUAUGGAAUGGCAAGGGGGUUUAAGAAAUUUUGAUUCAGAAUGUGAAAUUUUGAGCAAUGUAAGACACAGGAACUUGGUCAAGAUAGUAUCGACUUGCUCAAAUUUGGAUUUAAUAGCGAUUGUACUGGAGUACAUGCCUAAUGGAAGCUUGGACAAGAGAUUGUACUCCGAUGAAGGUUGCUUGACUCUGAUUGAAAGGCUCAAUAUACUGAUCGACGUAGCACUGGCCAUGGAGUAUCUUCAUCAUGAUUAUACAGUGCCUAUUGUGCACUGUGAUCUGAAGCCAGCUAACGUGCUUCUUGAUCAGGAUCUGACUGCUCAUGUUGCAGAUUUUGGAAUUGCAAAAAUGUUGUCACAAGAAGGAAAUAUGGCUCAAACCAAGACUCUCGGAACUAUUGGUUAUAUUGCUCCAGAAUACGGUUUAGACGGGCAAAUUUCCACCAGCAGUGAUGUUUAUAGCUUUGGGAUUUUGUUGCUUGAGACAUUCACAAGAAAGAAGCCUACUGAAGACAUGUUUAGCGGAGACUUAAGCUUGCAUAAAUGGAUAUCUCUCUCCUUUCCUGAUGCUGUACUGGACAUUCUAGACGCGAACCUUGUUAGUGGCCUUGGCUUUACAAGAGAUACAAUUGAUGAAAACCAAAGCCAAAUCAAACAGUUGCUGAUUUUGAUAAUAAAUGUUGCAUUCCUGUGUUUGAAAGAGUUAGCGGAGGAAAGGAUAAACAUGAGAGAGGUUGUGGAGCAGCUAAAGAAGAUAAGAGCUGAAUUAACUCAUUCUCAUACAAAAUAUGAGGAGGAGGAUUGAUGCAGCAACAAGCAGAUUCAGUUUUUCGAUAUCCUGCAUAUGCAUAUACUAUGUAUAUUUUCCACCUUUUAUGGCCUGUCAAAACAUCUCUUCUUUCUUUCAAAUAUAUAUUUUUCCUUGUUGGCUUAUAUGAAUCCACAAGUAAAGACACCAGGUCCCUUGACAAAAUUAUGAAGAGUAAAGAUCAGAAAACUUAAAAGUAAUGAACAAGAAUGUUUACAUCGAAACCUCCUUACUCAAGAGAGGAGAAAACCACAACUUGUGUCACAAGAUUUCUCAACAACUUCCACUAUCUUCGAGCAGCUUGUGACUACAAACACGAUAAUCACAAAAGGAUUAAACUCUUAACUCUACAACUUGUAACACCUCUAUUACA